UCAUUUAAUUUAUGGUAAAGUCCCCCGCAUUAACUGGCGGAUAUAAAAAGGAUGAACGGAAUAAAUACAGUCUCAAAACUGGUUGGUUGUGAAUUGAAUUCGAACCAGUGAACUAUCAGCAGAAAGACAUAGCAGACUGAACCUCAGACAUGACGAGUGAGAAUGCUGAGGUGUACCCAGGCAAUGCUGCCUAUCCUAAUCAAACGUUCUCUCCUAACCAGCCACCACCCUCUCAACCUUACCCUGGCUACCCGCCAGCUGAUCCUGGAAUGACCGCCUACGACCCCACGAAACAACAAAUGGGACCAGGAGUGCCAGCAGGUGGAAAUCCACCACCAUACCAUCAACCAGCUGCAUACCCUUCUCACCAGCAACCAAUGUUCGCUCCACCUCAACCAGUUGCCCAGCAACAGAGCAGCAGCAAUGUGGUGGUAGUGAAUUCUCAGCCCACUACAGUGCCUACCACAGUGCAGGUGACAAGAAAUGAUCAAUCAGCUUUCAUCUUUGCCAUAGUGGUCACGCUCAUCCUGUUCUUUUGUGGCUGCUGGUGGUCUUUUGCCUGCACAAUACCUGCUAUGGUGCUCGGUAGCAUGGCAUCCUCUGCAGGGAGUAGAGGGGACACUGACACUAAACGCAAGUACGAAAAGAUAUCUAUGGCACUCACAGUGGUAGCUAUCGUGACCCAAGUGUUGGGAUUUAUCAUUGUGGUUGGUACAGCAGUGGGGAUUGUCAUUUCAGGGGCUAGUGCGGCUAGAUCAAUCGUCACGUCAUGCUCCUCGAGUCGUUUCUCGUCAAAUUAUUGCGGCUUUGACUGAUAUGACUUACAGUUUGAACUUUGAACACUGGACAAACAUUGCAUGAACCAUUAUUAUAAUUAUUGGCUAUAAAUUGUCAUUAUAAUAGAUAGAAUUUUCCCUAGUUGACAAUAUAUUAUUAUUAUAUUGCUUAAUUUUCCAAUAAAGUUAUUAAUGAAACUAUAUACACAAU